AUGAUGCGCGAACGAGCGGGAUAUAGAGCCGCUCCGGAAGAAGAUGGCAGCGAAUCUUUAUCUCCAAAUUCGCGAUCACGCGUUAAGUAUCAAGGAAAUCGAUUCUAUAAUGGGAAACUGUGCGCGAUCUUUCUAACUUUAUUCAUUGCUCUUGGUGCAGUUGUCUUGUUCAUUUUCUCUGCAUUCGUCCAUGCAUCAGAUAGCGAAAUUGAAUUUUAUCGUCGAGCCGUGAACUAUGUCACAGGAGAUCGAUUUGCCCGAUCAACAGAGACCGAGAAAGAUUUCCCGCACAAACACAUCCUAUUGCCGAAGGAUGUAAAACCAGAAAGAUAUCAAGUGUACCUUCAUCCAAACUUAUCAAGCUUCGAUUUUCACGGAGGGGUGAAAAUCGAUGUGGUAUGCGAGAAACCGACAAGAAAUAUUCUUCUACAUGUCAAACACCUAAAGAUCACAAGCUAUGGUGUUCAGGAUUCUAGUCGCAACCACCUUCCUGUGUUACGAGUGGCAGAAAGCAAGAAGCUAGAGCAAUAUCUGGUUGAGAUGAAAGAUGAGCUGAAGGAAGGCGAAAAAUACACUGUGAACCUUCAAUUUAAUGGUCAUUUGUCGAACACAAUGACAGGAUUGUACAAGAGUUCGUACAAGACCAAGAGCGGAGAAGUCAGGUAAUAUUUCUAUUCUUAACCCUUUCACUCCCAGUGGUGAUUAACAUGUAACGUCUCCCAAUAAUAUCCAUAGGUUAUCCAGCAAAAAGGUAUUGAGAGUUUUCAAACUUAUCAGGUGGAAGUUGUCAUCUUGCUCUGACACCAACUUCUCGUAAUAAUUUACAAGGAAAUGUGUACAUGCUAAAUGGGAGAAUUUGCAAUCAGAUUUUGGGAGUUAACUUAACUUAAGUUAACCUAACUUAACCCUCCGUCGGAGCAAAAAUUUUGUUGAAGCCUUAACAGGGGCUUAAGCUUGAACGUCAGAUUUUCGAGAUUCCCGGUGUCAUUUUACCUUGAGUAAUUUCACGUUGAUACGCAACUAACAUGUACCCGUAAUCAAAACACAACAGUUUCGCUAGAAAUUAUUUGCGUAAUUAUCUUAUUCAUAAAUGCCUUUCACGGUGAUCUCCUGACGCAGACUUUUCUUUAAUUCUCAAUAUCAAAUUAGGCCAGAAGCAUAUAACCAAGCAGGUUAUAAGCUUGUGGUAAAGCAAUUAGAUUGUUAAAAAAAUAAAGCUAACAACAAUUGGUGAUUAAUAGCAGGGCAAGAUUCUUCAUGGACGUAUUUUUGUCAUACAUGACUAUGACAGUUUAGUGACGGAGGUUUCAUCUCGUUGGACUAAGUGGCUCUUUUGACUUGUUUCUGUCAAUGCGGUGGGGUGGGACCGGUUUAAGAACUACGAUGUAGAAGCAAUUUUUUUUCUUGUAGAUCGCUUUGUUGACAACCACCUCAACUAUUAAUUGUUCAUUCAUUUUUUCAAGGUACAUGGCAACGACCCAAUUUGAAGCCACGGACGCCCGAGCCGCCUUUCCCUGUUUUGACGAGCCCGAGUUCAAAUCACAAUUCAUCGUCACCUUGGUGCACGAGAAGGGAUACUCAGCCCUUUCCAACAUGCCUGUGGAAAAGGUCAUCACACGCGACGACGGCUUCAUGGAGAGCCACUUUAAGGAGAGUGUCAAGAUGAGUACUUAUUUAUUGGCCUUCAUCGUGUGUGAUUUUGCUUACAAGGAAACGCACUCUAAAGCUGGGAAGAAGGUUGGUGUCAUUGAAGCCAUAAAAUGUUUGCAUUUCUCAGUUGUCCUUUGCUUACUUUUGCUAACCGUCAGCGCUUUCACAAAUCCUCACAUAGUUUAUUCCCUGUGGGGGUCCCAAGACGGGGGACCCGUUAGUGAGAAGGGGACUAAGAGCGAGGGGGUCUUAGAAGGCGGGAAGGACUUAUUAGAAAGGGGGUCUUCUAAGACAGAAGGGUCGUAUUACAGCGGGGGCCAUAUUAGAUAGAAGGGGCUUGUUAUAGAGAGGGUCUGAAUUGAUAGAUGAGUUUGUUCUAGAUUUCUGACUAGCUUAAAUUGGAAAAGCAGAUCUCUUCUGAUGCCUGUUAUUGCGCCCAAAAUACACCACAAAUCUUGUGUACUCGUGUACUCCUUCCCAUAAAAUCAGGUGGCAAUUUAAAACAACUUUACUCGGCCGCAGAAGAUUUUCUGUUCUUUUUCCCUUCUCUCGUCACCUCUAUAAGCGUGCGUCACGGACGCUUCGUGGCUCAUUUAAAAGGACAACCACUGAGUAGAAGGUUCAAAAAACUUUUGUCUUCUAAUUCAAAGUUUCCUCGUUCUUUGUAAAUGCAUUAUUGUUUAGUACAAGUACUUGAUGUUUUCUUUCAGAUUCGAGUUUGGUCCAGAAAGGAUGCUAUCGAGAGCACGAGAUUGGCUGUCAGUGUGGCAGAAAACGUCCUGAAUUAUUACGAGGAGUUCUUCAAUAUACCAUACCCUCUGCCUAAGAUGGGUAGGUUGAAGAUGUUAAAAGAGAUAUGUUCAAUUUAUUGAUCCACAGGGAGACAAAGGAAAAACUGAAUCCCACGAGAAGAUAUGAACCUUGCACACCCGUUCCAGCUCCCCGGUAAACUCUCUAUUAAAAGAAAUAGUUUGGACCUCAAGAAGUAGAGAAUUGAUAUAUGUUUGGAAUUUUUUUGCGUCAAACUUUCAAACUAAACGUUUUCCUAUUCAUAAUUUUUUUCACUCCGCAGACUUGGUUGCUGUGCCUGAUUUCGCGGCUGGAGCGAUGGAAAACUGGGGACUACUCACUUUCCGCGAAACUUACCUGCUGAGUGACCCGGCCUCUGCCAGCGCCGCUGACAAACAGGAUGUAGCCGUAGUGGUGUCUCACGAGCUUGCGCACCAGUGGUUUGGUAACCUGGUCACUAUGAAGUGGUGGAACGACUUGUGGCUCAACGAAGGUUUCGCUAACUAUGUGGAAUACAUCGGAACGGAUCAUUUCCGAAAGGAUUGGAAAGUGGUAAGCUUGAAUCCGUAAAAGUGCUCACAGUGCAAGUUUAGUAGUGAUAUAGAACAAGAAUUUCGGGGAGCGCUGCAGUUGGAUUUCUUACGUAGCUUAAAGGAAUGCACAGGCGGAUUUAUCUGUGAAUAGGUCCUGUAGCUUAAUUAAUUGUCGGAACACUUUCGCUGAACCUUUAAUAUCAGAGAACGCUCCGACGGAAUAGCAUAGCGCAGCACGAGGGAUGUUGGGAUUGUAAGGCACUGAGGCACUGUGAUUUGAUCUGAGGGUGUCAUACGUGAUUUCACGGCACAGUUUUAGUGAAUCAGGUUUUAUUUGUGUAAUUGCAGCAUCGAGAGGCAUCUUUUUGCCGUGAGAUUCUAAGGCUCUAUGACUAAGUUAAAGCAUCAAAAGUGAUUCUGCCUGGUAAUUUCAGUCAAUGCGGUUCCAUAUGUAAUUGCUGCAUUGCUGGGUAACCGUUUGCCAUAUCCAUUCACUAUGCAGUGUGAAAUACACCACGGUUUUUAAGACGCGGUUGCCUGAUUGUCAGUGCUCUGGACUCCUAUCUGUUACCCCAUGGUACAGAAAUCAGGAAAAGCACGAGAGGCCUUUUGAGUCAGUCCCGCAUGCAUACUCGGUUUUUUUUGUAGUUGAAUAAUCAGAGAAGCACAUACCUCAAGCUGCAUACCUUUCGAUCAUGUCGCGAUUAAAUUUUAUUUUUAAUCAAUGCCUUUGUAUGAUUUGAUUUCAUUUGUUUUUCUGACUCUUUCUUCAUUCAUGUUGCAGCUGGAGCAGUUUGUUGCACACACACUACAGACAGCAUUGUCCGCUGACAGUAUGGCCAACACACACCCCAUAUCCGUCCCGGUCAAGAAUCCCUCUCAGAUCACGGAGAUCUUUGACAGCAUCUCUUAUGACAAAGUAAGAUCCUACAAUACAAGAUUCACCUUGUGUGAUAAGAUUUUACAACGUGUUUUACACGAAGACGUUGGUGGGUAGUAGUGAAAGUUUCAGCGGUGUAAGGUGGAUGUUCCAUUCGAAGACGUGGGGAUGCUACAAUGGCAUCAGGUUAUUUAUAGUAUCACAGAUUAUCACAGUUAUCAACAAACAAUGAGGUGGGGGGGGGAGGAGUAGUCACGUGCAUCCUAGGGACUCCCUCCCCCUUUGUCCGGAAGGUGGUGUACUUCAUGUUUGUGGGCGGUGUCUCCAUUUUAUGGUGGGUGUUGUCUAUACAGUGCGUGGGUAUGAAUCUCUAGUUACUAGUAAUUUUAUUCUGUAACCAUAGCUCAAUACUCCCUCUUAUACUUUUUAAAGGUUGCCUCAUUCAACACUUACCUCAUUUUUUCCUUUUGCAGGGUUCUUCCAUUAUUCGUAUGCUUAGAAGUUUUAUUGGAGACAAGAAUUUCCAGAAAGGAUUGGAGGUGUUUACUGAUUCUUUCAAUUGGCCAUGAAUUUAUCCUUUAAAAAUUUCCUUAAAUCUCAAUUUGUUGGUUUCACUUUUAUUUUCAGCUUUAUCUGAAUCGUCACAAGUAUGCUAAUGCAGCCGCUGAUGACCUAUGGAGCGCUUUGAGUGAGGUAAAUAUGCAGAUGAAACAUGCUGAAAGGCGCCAAAAUAUUUUGUCAUUUUUUAUGGUGGGUCAGGUUCUCGGUCAGCAGAGACGAGCCAGAAAGAGAGCGCACGUUGAGCAUGCGCUGGAGAUCAAUUUUAGCAGCCCGCGCACCAAUUUCCCGCCCAAAAUUUCAAAAGAAAGCAAAAGAAACAAUCGCAGUCCGGCAAAAUAAGCAAACAUUAAUUGAAACGGUUAUAAAAUUCUGUAUGUGAAAAAAAAAAUAGGGAAAGAGUAAACUUGAGACUUUUCGUACUCAAAGCUUGUUCAAGUGCGGGUAUCCUGUUUAGUUACCGUUCCGUUUUGAGCUUUACCAAAAAGGGUAUACGCCUCUAAAACACCGGGACUUACUGGCUUGUGUGUUUGUUUGUAACUCGUGCGAGACAACUUGGUUCUGAUAGCCUGAAAGCGCGGCACGUAAUCAUUGCAACGUUAGCAUAUGCGCAGACGUCUGACCACUGCCUCCGUAGCCCUUGUUUCCUCUCGUUUUUUACUGGUCACUCUGGAGCCUGGAAUAGGCUAGUAUUCACAUAGGAUUCAGUAAGGAAAAAAAAAAAAAAGAAAGAGGCAAUUAUGAUGAAUCAAGAAGGAACAGGGAGGGCUGAAAAUGUACAAGAUUGACUCGGGUCACAACUUUUGAACAGGAAAACAGGCUGAAUAUAGUAAGAUUUACAAACCUCAAGUAGCUAGUUUUAAUUUUACGUAAGCCUUUCUUCUGUGCUCCCAACAGUUGUGUACCUGUAGGAAAUUCAGGUGUUUUACCUUUGUUUUUUUACUAAGAUCUGCAAGGAUCUCGAUGUAAAAGCUAUCAUGGACACAUGGAUUAAACAGAAAGGGUACCCUGUGGUCUACAUCGCGGAGAAUAGCGCUCAAGCGAGAGAUGGCUCUAAAAAGUUGUUCGCAACUCAGAAACGAUUCUUACGAGACAUUAAACAAGGAACAAAACAAUACGAUGACGAGUCUAAAGGGUGUGUUUUGGACUGAAAUACUGGAGCUUGACCUUACAAAGGAAAUAAAUAACGAUAAACCUCAAAUUAGACAUCUUAAACUUUGAUAUUGUAACUUAAAAGUCGUAACUUAUGGCAUUUACAGUUUACGUUGUAGUCAGGUUGGUCAAUUAAUUUCAGACAUAUGCUUCAAAUCAUUCAGUAGUCAACAUGACGAGGUUUUCUUUUCGUCAUCUUGAAAUAUAGUUCAUGAAAUUUAUAUAUGUACAUUUUGUGUCCACGUUUAUUGGAUACGUUUUGUAGUUAUCAAUGGCACAUACCGCUGACAUAUGUGACGUCGCAAAACCCUCAUAAGCAACAUACGGUGUGGAUGAAGAAGGAAAAUGGUGAGUGAGGACUGGAAAUAAGGUGGAUAUGCUCUUGAAAUUAGUAUGCGGUUGUCCAUUUUCGUAUUCGUAAAAUUGACGAUGUUAUUUUUUGUCUGUUCGGAAUAUAGAAUACAGGAGUGCUACAAUGAGUAAUAUUGUGUUCCUGUAACUGAUAACUGAGAGAUUUAAUCUAUAAAUAAGAAUGUGAGAUUGUAAACUUAAAAAGUCGAUUUGAAAAUUUAAAUGAAAGCGUCACUAAUCUUUGCCAUGCGAAUCUAGCCUUUGCGAUUAAUAUAUUACUUUACGUUGGGUUAUAUAUCAGGCGAGAGUGUACGUUGACUAUAUUUUGAGUAAAGAUUAAAUUCUAUCCUUUUCUAAUUUAUUCACAGUUCACGUUCCGUCUGUCAAGAAGUACAAAUGGAUCAAGGCAAACGUUGGACAGACAGGAUUUUAUCGUGUAAACUACAGCAAAAAGAACUGGAACAAUCUUGUCAAACAGCUCCAGAAUAAUCACAAGGUAAAGAGAUGCUAUUUAAAACACGUUUCCUCUGAGUGUUAUGUAGUCGAUAGCAAGGAAUCACAAUCGUCAAUCACUCAGUGAAAAUUCCAUUCCAUUCCAAAUUUAAAGGAAGAUAGAAUGUAUCAUGCGAUAUAUAUUUCUUAUGAUAAAUUAUUAAACAAAGAACUUGGCUGAGUGAGAGUUAUCAAGGGAAAGUUUGAACCCUAAAAGGAAAUAAUCAUGUAUAUACUGGUCUGGACUAGAUACAUCGAAGAACUGUCCAACGGCUUUCGACUCGAAAACCUCAAUUCGAUCCGAUUAAACGGAACACUCUGACCCUUUACCAUUACCAUAGUCAAUUACCAAACGCGUCCAAACGUUUAUAUGAAGUUCUAAGAAAAUCCAGUGAUAACGAUAACAAAUGACUGUUGUUUAUUUUAGGUUUUGGCUGCUGUGGAUAGGAGCGGAUUGAUUGAUGAUGCUUUUAACUUGGCCAGGUACGACAAGAGAAGGAGUGUAAUUUACUUGAUAGUAUGAAGUUGAGUUAGAGCGCAUUUCGAUUGACUGUCGUAUAAAAAGUAAUCAUGACAGCCAGUCAUAGAGCUGGAAGAUAUCACUACAAGCCAAUGAAAAUUAAAAUAAAUUAAGAUGUAAACUGCUUAAGGGUGAGAGAUUGCCAGUGACCGAGUAAGCGUUGCUUUGAGGUUUGAAUUGGAUUGGUUGAGAGGUAUGGCCAAUCAAAGAGCGGAAUAGGGCAAAGCCAAUGUUAAUCUGACACUCUAUUGAAAUUGCUUCAAUACUUAUACAGACUGAAACAGUUGUUGAAAAUCAGACAUUAAAAGAGAAAAACGCCGAGGAAACGAAUUCUCUACUCCGGGCAUCCAGCUGCGAUUCAAAAACGUCUGUGCUUUAGCGUCCUUGUGAUGACGAGAUGAUUGGAGGAUUUUCCCUUAGGGGGGCCUACACUAAAUUCUGACAUGGAUUCAGGAACAUGUCAUGUUGUUUAUUAUGAUAAUUUAUUAACUUUUCUUGAUCAAGAUGGAGUAACAUACACCCUUACUCCUUACCUUGCUUUGUUCUUGUAAAGCGAGCAGUUUUGUAUUUCCUAAGCUGAACGGUUGGGUUACUUUUUCAUUUGGCUAACAAUCGGACCAUCAACUUUGUCUAUAUGCAGGGCUGGCCAACUGGAUAUGUCCACUGCAUUGGGGCUGACGAAUUACUUAGAUAAGGAGAGAGAAUACGUCCCAUGGUCCUCUGCUCUCGGUCAUUUGGGUUUCAUUGGGUCAAUGUUGACCAUGCGCCCUUCAUACGGAUUCUACCGGGUAAGUGGGGGCUUGAAGAUCGGAGUAGGGAUUAAGUGUGAUUAAAAAAAAACUUUCAUUUGACAGUCGAAAGUAGUCCUGGGAUACUAUGCUUUUUUCCUCCUUCACUACUUUCUUUGAUUGUUCCAAAAAAACAAAUUCGUGCUUCCUUCUCAGCUAAUCAGAUGUAAAUCGCCUUAGUUCGGUCACAUGUGUUUACUUCUCGUUUCAUUGGGCCUUCGUGAUCAUUGUGAUCAGUAUUUACGUUUGUUUCAUGAGCUGUUGAGAUGAAUUUAGUUUUGCUCUAAGGACAAUAGAUUAAACAGUGAUCUUAUUCAGAAUACGUAAGUUCUACUGCUUACAGUAUAUCCAAAGAGACGCCAAAAAGAAAAAAAAAACAGGCGAAUCAGUGUGGCCACUUGAUCGACCACUCACGAGGAAGUGAUCGCAGUCCAACAGGAUUUAUUAUAACCAACAUUUGCCAUAUUCCGUCCUUUACACAGAAAUACAUUGUGAAGAAGGUGAAGCCACUCGAAAAGUACGUGGGAUGGGGAACUGAUGGUGAUAUCCUCAAGAUGUAAGUAAAGAGACCUAGAGGAUCAUUAUCGUAACGAAUGGUCUGCUAAGAAUACCUUUUAGCAAAGAUUGGAGACAAUCAGAUGGUAGAUUUGUCAAAACCGUAGGCGUUGGUAAUGAUUAGGUGAAAAAAGUGUUAGAUUACACAUGCAUACAGAACUCUUGCAGCUUCUCUUAUGUCUCCUUAACGGUAUAACCUAAUUUCAACAGUUAGUCUUGGAUUUGUCUUUUUCGUAUAUACUUUAAUGUUUGGAAGGUUUAUUUUAUCGACAUUUCGUUUGGAAACAUCAUAUAAAAUCAUGUGAAACGUCCUUCUCCAUCGCCAAGAUGAGAAUUACAUCUGACUGAUUUUCAGUUUUAGUUAACUUCAGUCCGAAUGCCUUCUCCUUGUUUGUGCUGUCUUCAGUAUGUGUACAGUAUAUAUGUUUUCACCGUGAAAUUUAAUUCGUGAAUUUUUACCAGGUAUCUGCGAAACAAUGUGCUGUCAACAUUAGCCAGCCAUGGUGAUGAACACGCAGUGGAUUAUAGUUUGACUGGAUUCAGAAUGUGGAUGAAGAAUCAGAGGUUAACGAUACAGACUAAAAUUAUUAACGAGCUCAAAAUACACCAUCUUUUAUUAUCCUAUUUUAAUUUUAAUUUACUCAAAUGACGCUUUCGAUAUUGCUGAUCCCAGCAGUAUGCAGGACGCGUGUCACAGAGGAACCAAGCUAUGGCACAGCUCACCAGAGAGUCCUCUGUAACUCAGUAGUAUAACAUCGGAGAACGGAUGAUUAAAAAUUUUAUUUUAAAGGUCUUAGGUUCGAUUCCUCAUGGUAAACUCAAAAUUUUUGUAAUCGUGUAACCUGUGUUACAUGACAUAGACCUACUCCUUUCCCUUCGUUUUUCAUUCGGUCUUUUGCUCGCUUCUUUGUUUGACUGUUCGUUCGUUAACUCAUCCAUAUGGUAUUACGCUCACUUGUUCGUUCUUGAGCUCACGUUUCUUAGUUUAUUUGUUCAGUUUUUUACUUUAUGGUCUUUCUUUGUUUAUUCGUUCCCCUCGGUCAUUUUGUUUGGUUCAGUUUUUCAUUAUUCCACCAUUUCUUCUACCCUUCAUAACCUCUUCUCAUUAUGCACGUUCACGUAACCAUCAAGGGCUACAACUAGUAGCCUUUCCUUAUGUACGCAUUUCAUUAUAUCUUAAAGUCAUGUUAGUUCUCUGUCUCUUUAGCCUUACAAUCUCUCCUCAUCUACGGGACAUUGUAUAUCAUACCGCUAUUAAGUUCGGUGGAUUAGAGGAAUGGGAAUUUAUGUGGGAGAAAUACCAGAACUCCAUUGACGCCACUGAGAAAUCCAGGAUACUAUACGCUUUAACAGGCACCAAAGAACCUUGGCUGUUAAACAGGUAAACUUAUGAGAAAUCUUCAGCGCGGUGUUCAAAGUAAUAUGGGAAUGCAUUGGUUUUGCUUCAAACUGCCUUGUAACUAGUCUAGAAAACUUGCACCGCGCUCACAAACAAUCAAAUGCAAGUAGGAAACCAAUCGUGACCCAGUCACUCGGGUGUUCCUUAGGCUCGAUUUCCGCCACUCUCUCGUGUCUGGUCUUCGCAGCUCCCCAAGAAGAGAGGUGGGUUCGAGUGGCAGAGGCGCGGGCUCAUAUUCCCGAACAGCGGCUGGUAAUUGAGCCUACGUGUUGCCGUGCUUCAGGCAAAUGCGGCCUUCAUAUACUCUUAGGCUCCUUGUAAUGUUUUCCUGUGUUUUAAUCGGCGCUUGUUAUUGUUAUGGUCUUAGUUUUAUAGCACUUGCUUGGAAAAUGUUCGAAUCAUUUUUUAUCUCACCUACAGCUUCCUGGGUUAAUGGCAGAAAAAUUUAGCUGGAUUAGUAUUGGGAAAUUUGAGUGGAAAAUUCUCUCUAGUGGGCAUGGGUGAUGAAGAUUUAUUUAUUAUUACGUUGUCCUCAGGGGAGAGAUAGAGGAUAGAGGUCAGGUAUUGUUCAAAUGAACAUCUAACAUGUUCUAGUUUUGCUUUAAAUCUUAGAUAUGACAAAAGAUAGCUCAUGUGAUAUUAAUGUUAAUUUUUAAGACCCAAACCAGCCUUUAACUCGAUCGACCGUCUGUUCUCCCAGAUCUUUUGACUUCAAUUAUUUUCAAUGAAUUUAGGAUCCUGGAAUCUUCACUUGAUGAAUCAAAGAUCAGAACACAGGACAUGUUGCACGCUAUUUCAGGGGUUGGCUCACAUGUCUAUGGACGCCUUCUGACUUGGGACUUCAUCAGAAAGAACUUUGACAAGAUCGUGAAAAAGUAAGAACAACUCACAUGCUUGUGGUUUUAGUAUCAAGGUACACGCAAUUUUCAAAAAGGCCUCCAACCUGUGUGCUUCCAACCCGUGUCAAAUUACCGCGAGGGACAAGCCUUCUGCAUCUAACUGUUUGUGGGAAGGAAAGUUGCGUCAGUUGCAAGACUGUGUGAAGAAAACCCCCCUCCCUCCCCCCUACCCCGGUCCUUCUUCUUGGGUACAAAGAUUCACUUUUGUUAAAAAAGAAAAGAGGUGUUACAACAAACAGGCCUCCAGGGUUCCUGUGAAAAAUAUGAUUUUCAGCACUCUUCGCGGUAAUUCGACCUAGAGAGCUUUUUUAAAAGCCUUUGGCAAAUGAGGUGUGGGACUAACGAUUUUAAAAACUCUCAAUUUUGCUCUUUACAUAUCUUAACAUUCUUGAAAAUUAAUCAUCAUUAUUAUGGUCUGUUCUGGUCGCGCCGGUGGCGCAUAAAGCCUUAGAAAAGGAUGCUCAAACCUUACUCCAUAAUUCAAGGUUUAAAAAGAAUUAAGCGGUGAUUUUUAACAGCCAUUUGAUUUCAAGUCCUCCUAAGCAUGUAUAAACUUCGAUUUAAUUGUAGUUGGUUCAUUGUUUUUACACAAAGGCGGUGUGAGGAAUCUAGUAUACGACUGUAUGAGGAAGAAAGGUUAUUACGUUAGGGACAGUGAGAACAGACAGAGAGGAUUAAGGGUGCUUUUGCUAUUAAAAAAUGAUAAUUAUUAUUUUCACCUAGGAUGGGAAAUGACGCAAUGGAAAUCAGUUAUUUGGUCAACAUCGCCAGCCGAGGAAUGAACACAGAGUUCCAACUUCAAGAGGUACUCGAAGAUAGAGUUUUGUAGACAUAUGACCUUUUUAUCAUUUUCAAGCGUAACUCGGCGAAGGGAAUGUUACGGAUAAGUCGAGGGAAACGUUCAUUGAAGGAUCAAUGAAUUGCACUAAAAAUAAUUCAUAUUGAAGAUCAUGAAAUUUUGCGUGCGCGGGUACCCUAAGAUAUCCGUAUUCCCGAAGAUGAUGUCAUUACAUGUACUACGCCUUUUCCUUGAAAGUUUUGUUAGAUAAACAAGAGACGCCAAAUGGGAAAUCAUUGGAUGAGAUAAAUUUUUUACACGGUCUUUUCAUCUUUUAAACAGUUCAAGGAUUUUAUCAAUCAACACAAAGAUACAGUGGGUUCCCUGCGCGCGACAAAGAAAUCAUUGGAGUACAUAGAGGGCUGUAUUAACUGGAUGAAAAAUCAUGGGAAGAAAGUUGAAGACUGGCUCCAAUCCCAAGUGGAUUCCCUCAGCAGUAGACUGGAAGAUCUGUGAGAAAAAUGAAAGAUUUACAACAGCACACCUUAGUGGUAUCUCAACAAACUAUGGCUGUUUCCGAGCUACUUUUUAGUUAAACCUUUGGGAUUUACCUUCAUGCAUACUUUUAAAAUAAGUGAGUGUCACAGUCAUUCUUUAUGAAUGUGGUGCAUUUCCCCCCCUAUAUUUUAAACGGAAACGUUUGUACAGAGGAAACCCACUUUGUGAAGCUAACAUUUGUCAAAAGAAGGUCUUUCCUUUACGAAGUGGUCUUUAUUUGUUAUGAUCCCUCCUCACUGGAAGUCAAUUUCCUAUCUAUAGCUUCCCCUUUAACUUCUGUCAUAGAAGACCUACAUCCCCCGUUCCCCUGAAAACAAUGUAAUAACCUCCCUCUCCCCCCCCCACAAAAAAAACCUCCAACCAUUUCCCUCGGCGAUAAAUAAUGAGCGGUCCAUUACCUUUUAUCUUCACAUUUUCUCACUUGUUGGCCUCUGUAUCUCUGCCUCGGCACAAAUACAUCAGGGACACGCUCCAUGUGGAACUAUAUUUUGUUCUGCUACUUUUGAAGGAUUAGCAGCUGGUCCAUGUCAACAUUAUCAUACAGGUGUGCAGGUGGAGCAGGAGGGGUGUAUCACCCCCAUCACUACGAAUAAAUACGUAGGAAUGUAAAAGUGAUGUUUCAUACAGGUAAUUAAGUGGUAUUAAACUGCUAGACUACAGUGGUUAACUUUAAGGUUGGAAACUGUGCACCAUAUUAUAAAAAUUCCCUUUAACAUGAAGUAGUUAGGCUUUUCGGCGAAGCUUUUGGUAACGUUACCUAUGGAAAUAAAAACGUGUCA